CACAGGAAGAGCGUGCGUGCGUCUUAAAUACGCUUCAAUGCCAUCAUCGCACAACAUGUUGAGAAAUCAACCCUAGAGAUGUAUUCUCACUAUUUUCGUCUCUCUAAAUUCAGAUAACUUACCUCAGACACUAUGGUGCCGCAGUCAUGGCUGGAUCAUCUGACCUGCGGAAACAUUUUGGCUGUCGCAGCCUUCUUUGUGGCGUAUCUUAUAGCUGUUUAUUAUCGGAACCGGUGGAGCGUGUAUAAAAACAUCCCUCCGGGUCCGAGGCCAUAUCCAGUGGUGGGGAACCUCGGAGGGUUUCUGGUCCCGGCUUGUAUCCGGAGGAGGUUCGGACAGCGGACGGGUCGCCCCGACCUGCACCCCACGGAAGCCUUCGCGGAGCUGGCCAGGCUGUAUGGAGACGUGUACAGCCUCUUCAUCGGCAGCCAGCUGAUCGUGGUGCUGAACGGCUACGAGGCGGUGAGGGACGCGCUGUCCCACCACCCCGAGGUCUUCUCCGACAGACCGGACAUCCCCGCCAUCAGCAUCAUGACGAAGCGCAAAGGCAUAGUUUUUGCACCUUAUGGGCCGGUGUGGAGAAAACAGAGGAAGUUCUGUCACACCACCCUCCGAAACUUCGGCCUGGGGAAGUUGAGCCUGGAGCCUUGUAUCCAGCAAGGCCUGGCCACCGUGAAAGCGGAGCUGACGCGGCUGAGCGAGGAGCGUGGAGCGGCCGGCGUGGACCUCACCCCGCUGAUCGGCAACGCCGUGUCCAACGUCAUCUGCUCCAUGAUCUUAGGCCAGCGCUUCCACCACGAGGACCCAGAGUUCCACGCCAUGCUGGACCUGAUGGUGCGCGGCCUGGAGAUCUGCGUCAACAGCCCCGCUGUCCUCAUCAACGUCUUCCCACUGCUCUACUAUUGGCCUUUUGGCGUCUUCAGGGAGUUGAGGCAGGUGGAGAGAGACAUGACAGUGUUUCUGAAGAAGAGCAUCACGAAGCACCGCCAAACUUUAGAUACAGACAACCCCAGGGAUCUCGUAGACAUGUACCUGAUAGAGAUGAUGGGCCGACAAGCUGCUGGAGAGCUGGACAGCAGCUUCACCGAGGAUUAUCUGUUUUACAUCGUCGGUGAUCUCUUCAUUGCCGGCACUGACACAACCACAAAUUCAGUUUUGUGGAUCCUGCUUUACAUGGCCUUACAUCCUGAUAUCCAAGUAAAAGUCCAAACAGAGAUGGACGAGGUGGUGGGCAGACACAGAGUCCCGUCGCUGACGGAUAAAGGAAGCUUGCCGUUCACUGAGGCCACCAUCAUGGAGGUGCAGAGGCUGACUGUUGCAGUUCCGCUAGCGAUUCCUCACAUGGCCUCAGAGACCACAGAGUUCAGAGGCUACACCAUUCCCAAAGGAACUGUGGUCGUGCCCAACCUGUGGUCUGUUCAUCGAGAUCCCACCGUGUGGGACGACGCAGACACUUUCAACCCGGCGCGCUUCCUGGACGACGAGGGACAGCUGCAGAGGAAAGAGUGUUUCAUGCCGUUUGGGAUCGGCCGCAGGGUGUGCAUGGGUGAACAGCUGGCGAAGAUGGAGCUGUUCCUGACGGUGACCACUCUACUGCAGGCUUUCAGAUUUGAACUACCUGAGGGGAAGCCUCCUCCGUCGCUGCGGGGUCGCUUCGGUCUGACUCUGGCCCCGUGCCCCUUCACCGUGUGUGUGAGCGCUCGGACUUUGAACAGUGAAAGCAAUUCUCAGUAAACAGGUUGCUUUAAUACUAAGGGCUUUCAAAAGCUUCCAAAUAUCUGACAGUAUUUAUUCUUUUGAAAGUAUAAGAUGUGUGUUUAAGGAUGCCUUUUAUUUUCAAAAAUAUUAACUGAGCCCUUUUUAGACAUUUUCUGACAUCUCUUGAUUAAGCGGGUUUUAAAAAAAUGACUGGAUGACCAUCUAAACUAAUAUUUUGUAACUUCAUCAAUGUGCUCCACUAAUGUAUUGAUAGAGAAGAGUUUAUUUUCUUACAUCAGUGCUUUGAUAAUUGAAACAUUUCCAGUAAAUAAAGCAGGUUCUUAUAGUCUCUUCUCCAUGUAUUUACUAUUUUUUACUACAUAGUAAAAAAAAGAAAAAUCUCUCUAUAAAAACAACUUUUUGACUGACAGAAAUGUCCUGGAUCUGUUACUGCUGCUUUGUUAAUUGCACUGUCUAUGAUGCAUAUGCAUGGGCAAAAAAAAAAAAGAAAAAAAAAAGAAAAAUCAUUGCAUUAACUAAAUAGCACUCUUUGACCUUUUAAAAACGGAGUAGUGGUGAAAAUGUUCACCCCUCGCACAGUCCAAGAAUGGUGGAAUAGUUUUGGAAAUACACAUCCCUGAGUGUCAUGUCUAUUUUGCACCAACAGAGGCCGUUGUUGCACUUUUUAUAGUCAUUUACUGAUUAAAGUAUAAAGUUGUCCAGAAACCACAGGGUGAGUGUUUAUGGGCCUGUUUAUCUACACUUGUCAAUAUGAUUUAAUCAACCCUGUGAGAACCAGGAAUUAAUAAAGAUUUGCCCCUGAUAUGCUAUCAUCUGUACCACAAAAACUGGAAUAAUACAAGAGGGACAACUGUGUUUCAGCACUGGUAACAUUUGGCAAAUGUACUGUAUGUUUUAAACAUUUAAUAUUUCCUACUUACCACAGUAUAAUUCGAAUUUAUUCUGUGGUUCUUCAAUUAACUGUCAAGAGAUAAACGUCCUAAUUUUCAAUUAUGUCCUUAUUAUUGUGUGGGGCUAAAAUGUGUGUUCUUCCAGUACCAAGGCCAGUAGUUCUGUUUAGUGUCUGAAACUUACAUUACUCAUAAUGGAGGUGAAGCACCUUUCAUGGCAUUGAAUGUAUCAAACAUUUUAAAGCACUUUGAUGUUGCUGAAGCAAUAAAUACGCUGUAAUAAUGA